AUGUCUUACAAGCAACUCCACGACGCCGCCAACGGAGUGGAUGCUGGCGAACACCUUGACCAUGCUGUCGACCAGAGCCAGCAAUCGCCUUUCAAGGUUGCGCGGUCUGAGAGGCGGUUCUUCAAGACCGCUCACUCGUUGCACACGGCCAUCUCGGUGGCUGCUGGGACCGUUAUGAUGUUGUUUGGGUACGAGCAAGGUGUGUUUGGGGGCAUCAUCGUCGGUGAAGACUUUCUUGAAUACUUCAACCAGCCAUCGCCGGCGAUGCAGGGCUUCGUGACUUCGGUCUAUGGUGUCGGUGAAAAGCUCGGCAGGAAGAAGAUGCUCAUCAUCUCUACCAUCGUCAUGACUAUUGGCAUCAUCCUGCAGACUGCUGCGCACAGCAUGAACGACAUGGUCCUUGGCCGGUUCGUGGCUGGUAUCGGAAACGGUGGCAAUACCGCCACUGCUCCAGUUUGGCACGUGGAAACAUCCCAUCAGAGUGCGAAGGGUUCCGCAGUUGUGAAGGAGAUGGCUGUGAACGUGCUCGGCUUCGUGCUCUCCAACUUCAUCACUCUGGCCUUCAGCGGCGUUGUCACCGAGGCUCAAUGGAGAUUCCCGCUUGGAAUUCAGCUCAUCUUCUGUUUGAUCAUCCUGUCAAUGAUACCAAUCCUACCAGAAAGCCCUCGGUGGAGCAUUGCGCGGGGGAAGGAAGAAGCUGCACGGCUUGUGCUCCACCAACUCAAUGAUGGCGACGCUGAAGUCGAGUUUGAGGAGAUCCGAAGCUCGGUGAAAGCCGAGCAGGCUACAAAGGGCUCCUGGAGCCAACUCCUGCGCGGUGGCAUAGCGACAAGGCGGGUACUGUUGGGCAUGAUGCUGCAAGUGGCCCAGCAGCUUUCCGGCAUAAACGUACUGGCCUAUUACUUGCCCGUCGUGCUUCAUCGAUCUGUUGGUCUUCCGCAGCUCACAGCACGUCUCGUGGCCGCUGCCAACGCAGUCAGCUUCUGGCUGGCUACCUCAGCAUCAAUACUGUUCGUGGAAAAGGUUGGUCGGCGGCCUCUGUUGAUGCUCACUGCAGGCAUUAUGGCGAUUGCCUUCCUAGGUGUGUCAAUUGGUGUUGGCGUAGGCCAAGUAUCACCGGACAGUCAUGCACCUGGCAUCGUGGCAACUGUCUUCAUCUGGCUUUACUUUACCACCUUCGCAUCAGGCUGGAUAUCAAUCCCUUGGCUCUAUCCCGCAGAAGUCGUGGUACAAACCACUCCACCAGGAAUACAUCACUUGAAGUGGGGUCUGUAUCUCAUCUAUGCCAUACUGAAUGCUACAUUCGUGCCACUGGUCUACUAUCUUGUUGUUGAGACUCGGGGGCGUAGUCUGGAAUCGACCGACCGAUGGUUUGCCGCCAAUCCGAAAUGGCUAGUCCAUGGAGCAGAUCACUCGGUCGCGACUGGAACCGAUGGAGCUCAAGACGCUCGCUACGGUGGACUCAGUGUUGCCGAGGACCACGAGGCGAUGAUGCGUGAUUUCGAGGUGGGCUCGGACGAUGAGAUGUCGUCACCCGGAAGUCCUGUGGUUCGAAGAGCGUCCUAUCCGACUGAGGAAUAG